AUGGGUUAUGGAAAGUCUGUGUUCGUUCUGUAUUAUUGCAUAGUACUAACGUUGCUAUCAGCUUCAACUACUUGGGCUUCAUCAAGAUCGUCUAGUCUGCAAGUGGGGUUUUACAAAAGGAGCUGUCCAGCAGCAGAGUCAAUCGUUAGAAAAGCUGUAAACAAAGCUGUCUCACUCAAUCCAGGCUUAGCUGCUGGCCUUAUUAGAUUACAUUUCCACGACUGCUUUGUCAGGGGUUGUGAUGGUUCUGUGCUACUGCAAUCCACACCGGAAAACACAGCCGAGAGAGACCAUCCAGCCAACAAUCCCAGCUUGCGAGGUUUCGAGGUCAUCGAAGAAGCCAAGGCUAAAAUCGAAUCUAUAUGCCCCCAAACCGUAUCCUGCGCAGACAUUCUCGCUUUCGCCGCCCGUGACAGCGCCAACAUAGCCGGACGCAUCAACUACGCCGUCCCAUCUGGACGCCGUGACGGUCGAGUCUCCUUGAGCGACGAAGCAGGCCAAAACCUACCACCACCCUCCCUCAACGCCCAGCAACUCAUCGCCAACUUCUCACGGAAAGGGUUGUCCGCCGACGAGAUGGUGACUCUCUCAGGAGCACACUCCAUCGGUGUCUCCUACUGCUCUUCCUUCUCAACCCGCUUGUACACUUUCAACGCCACACAUCCUCAAGACCCCUCCAUGGACCGUAGAUACGCAGCCUUUUUGAAGACCAGGUGUCCGCCGCCGAUGAUGAGUAACGGUGUUGAUCCGACGGUGGCGCUUGAGUCCCGGACUCCUCUUCGUCUUGAUAACAUGUACUACGUAGAGUUGAAAAAUCACCGGGGGUUGUUGACUUCGGACCAGACACUGAAGAGUAGCGCCUCAACCUCAAGAAUGGUGUCGUUGAAUGCCCGCCAUGGCUCGUUGUGGGCUGCUAAGUUUUCCAGGGCGAUGGUGCGCAUGGGCUCCAUCGAGGUUCUCACUGACCGGGGGGGAGAAGUAAGGAGGUUCUGCAGCGUGGUCAAUUAAGCCAUGCAAUACAAGAGUUGACUAUUUGACUUUGGUCUCAACUUAUGCUCACACAUUCAUUUUUUGGGUUUCCAUGAUUUCUUUAAUUUAUUAUUUUGUUUUAUUCUCAUUAUUUUAAUUACGAUAUAUAUAUAUAUAUAUGCAAGUGUAAAUCAAUUUCCUUUAAUCAUUUUAUGUGAGUUCAA